CGACGUGAAUUAUAGGUCGCUUUGCGCUCUCGUCUGCCGCCACUAUUUUUACGAGGCACCGUUAGUGAGCAUUGCGAGACAGUGCAAUGGUCGUCACCGCCUCUCUGGGCGGGCUUCAGGGCACAUGCCCCCUUGCCAACGGAUCCACCAGACGGCGAGUGCCUGGGUUGCGUGUGCGCGCACAGCUUUGGACUCCACAGCACUCUAGCCAGCAGCCCAAGGGCUGGGACCGCCCAUGGAUCCAAGCAAACUCUCAGCCCAUUGUGGCACCAAGGACUGCGGAGAUGCAGGGUGACCCUUUUGGCCUUCUUCUGCGGCAGCGCAUAGUGUUCCUGGGCGGCGAGGUGGAGGACUUCGGCGCUGACGCUCUUAUUAGCCAACUUCUGCUAUUAGACUCACAAGAUCCAACAAAGGACAUCAAGAUGUUCAUCAACUCGCCGGGUGGAUCCGUAACGGCGGGCAUGGGCAUCUACGACGCGAUGAUGCUCUGCCGCGCGGACGUGCACACCUACUGCUUUGGCCUCGCCGCAUCCAUGGGCGCCUUUCUACUGGGUGCCGGAAAGCGCGGCAAGCGCCAUAGCAUGCCGAACUCGCGCAUCAUGAUUCACCAGCCCCUGGGGGGUGCCAGCGGCCAGGCCGUGGACAUUGAAAUCCAGGCUAAGGAAAUCAUGUACCACAAGGCCAACCUAAACCGCAUCAUGGCUGAUUACACCGGGCAGCCACUGGCCAAGAUUGAGGAAGACACGGAUCGCGACCGGUACAUGUCCCCGCUGGAGGCCAAGGAGUACGGCAUCAUUGACCACAUCGUUGGCGGCGAGGAGGCCGUGUUCAACGUCAAGGGGAGCCUAAAAAAGUUCCCCAAGGGCAAGGAAGAGUUUGUGACGGACAGCGAAGAUUUGAUUCAGCGCAACAUCAUGGACGGUGAUGCUUUCCUGACGGAGACGCCGUCUUGGCGGUUCAAGAAGCCUGAGACGGAGCCUUACAUGCCGAGCCAGUCACCAGGCUCGCCAUGGUUCCGGGUGAAGAAGGUUCCCAAGGAGGAGUACAAGGAGAUGCUUGAGCGACGGGAGCAGCAGGCUUUGCCUGACGGAAAGAAGUCCGUGAAGGAACGGAUUGAUGAUGCAUGGUAGUUGGGUAGGGUGACUAAGGCAUGGCGACGUUGGUCGGUGGUUGGUGGCCAGGUGGCGAAUAGUCGAGGGUCUUGGCCUUGUGCAGGCUAUCGUAUAGGCCAUCGCCGUUCUCCUUCGAUGGUGUGUUGCGCUGUUCAAGCGCUUUCGUUAAAUGAAGGGUAACUCAAACGUUCGAUCAGGCGCCUCGAUCAGGGAGGCGACGAGCUCGCCAUGGUGUGCCUCGAUGGUGUAACUUUCGGUGGCCUCCAGUCGCUUUAACGAAUUUUGCAACCGCUAUGCACUCUAUUGCCUUUGUAACUUCGGCCGUUGCU